AUCCACUUUCAUCAAAUUCCUAUCCAUUUUUCUUAAAUUUUAUAAUCAAAUCAAAUCAAAUCCCACUGAUCCAUGUCUCGUUCCUCAAUCAUCGAUCUUACCUCGUGUUUUUUUUUUUUUCUCUCUCUCUCUCAAAUUUCGGUAAUCUUCUUUGAACUUUGGCUUGGAUUCUGCGCUGUAAGUUUUUGCUUUUAAUUGUCCAAUUAUUGAAGAAUCAAUUAUUCUACGUUGUGAAAUGGACGAUGAGUGAAGUUUUCACGUAUAGUCUAAGAAAUCAGCGAUGCCGGAAUCGAAGAAGCCAGAGUUGGACCCUUUGCUGAGGGAUCUCAGUGAAAAGAAGCAAAUUUUUCGGCGGAACGUUGUAUCUUUGGCGGCCGAGCUCAAGGAUGCUCGGGCUCGCCUAACUUUACAGCAAGAAUCUUGCACUCGCGAAACCCUAACGAGACAGGUUGUGGAGAAGAGGACAAGUAGUAUGGAGGAUGAGAUUUGCCAAUUGCAUAAAAAGCUAGAGGAGAGGAAUUACCAACUGGAGGCUUUCGCAUCCGAUGCAAACAGGUUUCUCAAAGAACUGGAUGAUAUCAGAUUGCAGCUUUCGGGCACUCGAGCAACUGCUGAUAUCAGUGUAUGUUCAGCUCAAUCGGCACAGCUUCAAUGUUUGGCACUGGCAAAGGAGUUAAAUGAGAAGAAUAGUGCGUUAAAAGAGCAUGAGGAUCGUGCCAAUAGGCUUGCAGAGCAACUAAACAUGCUGCACAUUGAUCUUGAAGCAAGGGAAGCUUCACAAAAGCAACUGAAAGAUGAAGUUCUGAGAAUUGAGAAAGAUAUUAUGCAAGCAGUUUCCAGAGUUGAGAAAGGAAAGAACUGUGAAUUAAUGAAAAUCUUGGAUGAGGUCUCUCCAAAAAAUUUUGAGAAGAUCGGUGGAUUUUUAACAAUGAAGGAUGAAGAAAUAGGCAGAUUGAGGGAUGACAUUAGGGUCCUCUCUGCACAUUGGGAGCGUAAAACUAAGGAAUUGGAGUCUCAGUUGGAGAAAAAUCGAAGAGCUGAUCAGGAAUUGAAGAAGAGAGUACUGAAGUUGGAAUUUUGUCUUCAAGAAGCUCGGUCACAGACAAGAAAACUCCAAAGGAUCGAAGAACGGAGGGACAAAGCUCUGAAAGAAAUUAGAGAACAAUUUGCAACAAAGCAACGGGAGACAGCUGAUAUUGCAGAGAGACAGAAUUUCUGGGAAAGCUCAACCUUCAAGAUGGUGGUCUCUAUGUCAAUGUUAAUCCUUGUUGUAUUUGCAAAACAGUAGUUACACUUGAUUCAGUCUCUGUUUUGUGCAAAAAAUAUAGUAGAAGCAGAGAUCAAGUUACAUAUCUCCGCUUGUUUAACAACAGUAUAAAUGGCUAGGCAUUAUAAAAAAUAUGAACAGAAAAUGUUUCAUUCUAGGAUAUUUAAGGACUAGGGUUUGGAGAGGAAGCUGCUGCAGAAUCUUUUCUGUGAAACAAAUAUUAACAUAUCAAUCUCAAGUCUCAACCACACAAGCUUGUUCCUACCAUAUGUGUGGGUGCCAGGAUUGUUGUAGAUGCUGAUAUAGCCCUCUGAUGCCAGAAUUUAUUGUAGAUGCUGAUAUUGCUUUGUGAUCUAGAUUGAACUUGCUACAUUUUGGAAA